GGCAGUGAAAGAGUUAUGGAACGAGAAACAACUGGGUGGUUUUUCUACCGAACGUGUUAUGAAUAUAGUGAAAUAAGCAGAGUUGACUACGUUUGCUAGAAUACACCAAUAUUAUCUCACUAACUCGGGAUUAGCUAUGCCCGCACAAGUUCAGUGUGUGUGCUGUAUUUUAGGUUAGUUAUACACAUCUUCGGUACAGCAGUAGUUUUAAGAGCGUUCUGGGAAGUGGAGUUCUCCGGUAGAGGGCAGAAAACUGCAGGAGUUGGCAGCCAGCGAAUAAAACUGCUGCAUGAGUUCACCUUCACAGUAGAACAACCCUCCAAACAACGAGAUAUUUAGUUUGUCAUCCGGAUUCCAUACAUCAUGAACGGGUCAGCAACAUACACAGCGUCUUCCGUGCUGGACAUAAAGUUAAAAAGAGGACCACAAGGUUUAGGCUUUAACAUUGUGGGGGGGCUGGACCAGCAGUAUGUCCUGAAUGACAGUGGGAUCUAUGUGGCUAAAAUCAAGGAGAAUGGAGCUGCAGCGCUGGAUGGGAGACUACAGGAGGGAGACAAGAUACUGUCGAUCAAUGGCCACAAACUGGAGAACCUGUCCCACAGUGCAGCUGUGGAGCUCUUCAGGUCAGCAGGAGAGGACGUGCAGCUUCGUGUUCAGCAGAGGCGCGCCAUGGCCAUGAACGGUCCCAGCACUUCCCGGCCAGACGGCGACUCUUCCUCCAUGUCCUCCUUGGGAAUACUGGUGGUUGUCCUGGGGGCGGCAGCAGCCAUUGCCUUCCUCUGCGUACGCUUCCAGCCUCACCUCAGGAGGCACUUCUAACGCUGUGGUUUCCUCCUUAAGGCAGGCAAAAAGCUCUGACUGAAAACUUUGCUAAAGGCC